AAAAGAUUGAGGUCUGAACUCGUUUGAAAGUUGAUUGGAAUGGAAACGAAACCAAAAGCCAUCUGGAUUCAAAAGCACAGUUCCAAGUCUACAGCUCUAAAAGGGAAUGUGAAAGAUUUUAUAUUUAUAAUCUCUCAUGUCUACGAGUUUCAGCAUCAAAGAAUUCACUCUUCUUCCUUUCAUACCAUCCAUCGAAAGCCGAGAGCGAUGACAAUCGCUGUAUCUAUGCUGCGUUCAUUUUUUUUGUGGAUUAUAAUUUCAUCUUCAUUUUCUUCUAAGAUUUCCGGGAUUUUCUCUCUUGCUCGUCUAACUGCCUAUACUAACAAAAUUUUCAUUUUGUUUUGAUUUAUUUAUCUUUUU